AUGGUGUUCAAGUCGGCCAGCUUUACCGACAUUGCGGAUGCGCUCAAGUUUGGUAAGAAGCACUCGGGCGCAGUGACCCCGCCCGCCCUCACCCUCUCUCUCCCACGAGCCAAGUCGUCUGUAUCGCUGUACCCAGAGACAUCCCUCGAGCUGCACCACACCGCCAAUAUCCGAUCCAGAAAGAAUGCCAGCGGACACUUUCCCACCCCCAUCCUCAAACGUAUCCUCUCCUACUGCGAUACCCCUACGCUCCGUGCAUGCCUCACCGUCUCCCGCCUCAUCUUCCACCUCGCCGGCCACCUGCUCUACUCGGAGAUUGAGCUGCAUCCGAAAUCGAUGCAGGAUGUGCUCAGGGGGUCGGUGAUCGUGCACGAGGCGGCAACAGGCAUGGUCACCGGCGGCAGGAAACGGUUCAAGGACAGGCUGCUCAAGCGCGUGAGCGAGGUCACCGUCUGGAGCCAUGGGGAGGACGACGACGACGACGAGCCGUCCCCUCCAUGCUGCCCGCCUGUAACUCUCAAUUAUCUCUUGCCAAAGCUCGAUAGCUUGCGGAUCGUGCUCGGGGAGGCGUUCGACUACCAUAUGACAUUCUGCCCGCGCUACCCACCAACGUGCCCCAUGUUCCGCGACCUCGUCGUCGAAAAACUCGUCAUACUCGGUGCCCGCUCGCCUAUGCCUGUCCUCCCCCUCGCCUUUCCGCACAAGUACUACAACACGCCCACCACGCCGACUACCCCCGGGUCGGUGGGUACAGGGUCGUCGGUGGGGACGACGUCGCCGAAUACGCCGUUGAUUGCUGUGACAGAGGGUGAAGGGGAGGACGACCACCUCGCGAACGAUCCGCUCCUACUCGUGCCCAACGCCAACCCAUCCAACGUCUCCGCGCUCUACCGCGCGUCGGCCAACUCGUUCCUUCCUGCCAAUUCCUUCUUCCCGCCCACGGGCAAACACCAUACGCGUACUGCCUCCCUCGCACCCCCCGCCCAAGUCUUACCCAAGAUCAAAAACGGCCACACCCGAAACACUUCCCUCCCGAAAUCACUCUCCUCCCUCCCACUCCCUUCUCCCCCUGCUACCAACACCACCCACUCGCCCCGCCUGCCGCCGUGCCAAGAAUUGACUAUCGUCAUGCCCACCGGUCUGUCUUAUGACGCGAAAGACUACCAGCCUUACUCUCACUGCUUUCGUCAUAGAAAGACGCUCCUCACGCUCGAGCGGUUCGUGCUCGUCUUUUAUUCCCCGCCCAAACUCGGCAGGCCAUGGCAGAUCGCAUUCUACAACGCCCGCAAAGACGGCUCCUCCACCUCUUACGUGUCGUUGGUCGACGACGUAGCAGGUACAUGCCUCGCAGUACCCUUUCGGACCGAAAUAGAAAUAGUCGGUACCGAAACGAUGGACGGCGAGCUCCUCAACAUGGGGCUCAACACUAUGCGCACGGGCAAAGUUGGGAAAGUGAUGCAAGAUCGCCUGAGGAGCAGGAUCGAGACAAAGUGGUAUGCUGAGGGUAUGAAGGGGGAUGUAAAGGAUCGCUUGAGGAGGGUGAGGUUUAGGACACUGGGCGAGUGGUUGGAGGGGGAGGGGGAGGGGGUCGUGGAGGGGUGGGAUUUGGAAAAGUGGGGGGAGCUUGGGGGUGCGGAUUAUGGGGAGGGGAGUAGUGAUGAUAGUGAGGAGUAUUAG